GAACUGAAAAGGAAUCCAGCAGUUGGAGUAUUAGUAUUGACUAUUGAGUAUUCUUUCUCACCCUUUAUAUGUUUCCAGUAUUUUCUAGCACGCUAAAGAAAGAGAAAGAGAAAGAGAAAAAACAUCAAGUGCUGAAAAAUGGUGGGAGAAGUUGACGUCCAUAGUUCCAAUCUCUUUCCACCCAUCAUUUUGUUGCUCUUGCUGCUUGCUUCUGCCUCUGCUACAGAAACCCUUUCAGAUCAACUCCACCCUCGCCUUUCUAUAGCACGCACUCUUCUUCAAGCUCAGCAAGGCUGCCCAAUCAAUUUUGAGAACUUGAACUACACAAUCAUAACCAGCAGAUGUAAAGGCCCCAAAUACCCACCCAACAUCUGCUGUGAAGCUUUCAAGGAUUUCGCAUGCCCUUAUACUCAUCAACUCAACGACCAAACCAAUAACUGCGCCACUACCUUGUUCAGCUACAUCAACCUCAACGGCCACUAUCCUCCUGGCCUUUUUGCCAAUGAGUGUCGUGAUAGCAAGCGAGGUCUCGAGUGCAGUCCAUCUCAGUCCUCCCCUCAUCAUGAUGCUCCCGCUCCCUCUGCUGCCGCUAUGCCAACCAUUUUUCACCACUGGAUCUAUGUUCUCUCUCUUUUAUUUUUGUACCACUUAUUCAUUUCUUGAUUCUUUCAACUUUUGCUUCAAAUUUCUCGACUUUACUUUUGUGUUAGAGUUAUUGAAAAACAUGCACUUCUUUGGCAAUUUGCAGUUGUCUGUAAUCAUGCACGCAUGUAACCCACUGGUUCAUUUAUAUAAAUUUCUUUAUCUUACUCUUGCUAUA